AUGGCACCAUCCAGUCCCACUCCAACCAAAGCCACCGACUCAAUCCCCUACCUCUACCGCUUCCUCCUCACCUCCCUCGAAGGCCCCAUGGCCAUCGGCGGCGUCCUUCUAGCCCUCUUCGCCCCCGGCCAAUACCUCUCCGGCAUAACCCGCGAAACCCUCACCACGACCCACGGCCCCACCGACUUCAUCUACACCCAGCUCGCGGGCGCCUGGCUGUACAUCGUCUUCACGGAACUGGUCAUCAUGCGGGCCAUCGACGACGUUCGCGUCUGGAAGUACCUCUGCGCGGGGAUUUUGUGCUCGGAUGUGUUGUUUACGCAUUCGUUGGCGGAGGCGGUGGGAGGGUGGGGG